AUGGAUUUUAUAAACUGUGUGUUGAAUUGGGUAGUGCCUCCUGCUAGCUUGGUGAUGCUGGCCUGUUCAUGGCCAGCCUUAUGCUUUAUCAAUACAUGUGAGUGGCUCUACAAAUCUUUCUAUAGUGAGAAUAUGGAGGAUAAAGUUGUUAUCAUCACUGGAGCUUCUUCUGGCAUAGGAGAACAAAUUGCAUAUGAAUAUGCAAAGAGGAGAGUGAAUCUUGUGUUGAUUGCACGUAGAGAGCACAGACUCAGAGGGAUCCGUGAGAAAGCUAGGUAUAUUGGUGCAAAGCAAGUCAUGAUUAUGGCAGCAGACGUAGUCAAGGAAGAUGACUGCAGGAGAUUUGUCAAUGAGACCAUAAGUCACUUUGGCCGAGUGGAUCAUCUUGUCAACACAGCAAGUUUGGGGCAUACCUUUUACUUUGAAGAAGUUGGGGACACCUCUGUGUUGAAACAUUUGUUGGACAUUAAUUUUUGGGGCAAUGUCUAUCCAACUUAUGUGGCUCUUCCAUACAUACAUCAGAGCAGUGGGCGAGUCGUCGUUAAUGCAGCAGUUGAAAGCUGGUUACCUCUACCUAGAAUGAGCUUAUAUGCUGCUGCUAAAGCUGCUCUGGUGAACUUCUAUGAGUCAUUGAGAUUUGAAGUGAGUGGUGAAAUUGGAAUAACAAUUGCAACACAUGGUUGGAUUGGAAGCGAAAUGGGAAGAGGCAAGUUCAUGCAAGAGGAUGGCGCAGAGAUGCUGUGGAAAGAAGAAAGAGAAGUAAAUGGGACUGGCGGGCCGGUGGAGGACUAUGCAAGGAGGAUGGUGUCGGGGGCUUGCCGAGGAGAUCAGUAUGUCAAGUACCCAAGCUGGUAUGAUGUAUUCCUCCUUUACAGGAUGUUUGCACCUGGACUCCUCAACUGGACGCUUCGAAUGUUGCUUGCAUCACACGGUUCAAGAAGAAUGUCUCUGGCAGGCACGGAGAGACCUAUAUUUGAAGGCAGCAGCAGCCCUCCGAGGAAAUUUCUUACAUUCUCCCACCUCAAUCCCCAGAAAAUACAGAUGCAGAAACAAGAAUAA